CGGGGAGCGGUCGGGGGCCAGGGGCGAAGCGGGGGGGUGUCCCGGCCAUGGCUUCCCUGCUGGGCUCCUACCCGUGGUCCGAGAGCCUGGAUUGCUCCGCCCUGGACGGGGAGCUCCCGGAGGGGCUCUCCCCGCCGGCCGCGCACCGCUCCCCGGGGGAGAAGGGCUCGGAGCCCCGCAUCAGGAGACCCAUGAACGCCUUCAUGGUGUGGGCGAAGGACGAGAGGAAGCGGCUGGCGGUGCAGAACCCGGACCUGCACAACGCGGAACUCAGCAAGAUGCUCGGCAAAUCCUGGAAGUCUCUGAGCCCUUCCCAGAAGAGACCUUACGUGGAGGAGGCGGAAAGACUGAGGGUGCAGCACAUGCAAGAUUACCCCAACUACAAAUACAGGCCCAGGAGGAAGAAGCAGGUCAAGCGGAUCUGCAAGCGGGUGGAUCCAGGCUUUCUGCUGGGGAACCUCGCCAGGGAUCAGAACUCGGUGCCGGAGAAGCGGGCCUGCGGCAGGACAGUGGGGGGAAAGGAGGGGCAGGGUGAGUACUCGCCUGGCCCGGUAUUGCAGAGCAUCAGGGGCUACAGGGAGGCCCAGGCCAGCAGCGGCAGCAGCAGCACCAACAUGGACACCUACCCCUACGGGUUGCCCACCCCACCUGAGAUGUCCCCUUUGGAUGUGAUAGACCCUGAGCAGAGCUUCUUCUCCUCCCCGGGCCCGGAGGAGCAUCACCACCCCCAUAUGACUGGGGCCCCUUACUCUCCAGAGUACUCCACCAGCCCCCUCCAGUGUAACCACCAUCCCCUUGGCCCCAUGUCCAUCCCUCAGCCCAGCACCUCCAUGAUCCCCCCAAUCCCCAGCUGCCCCCCUCCUCCUCUUCCCACCUAUUACACGCCAGCCUUCCACCCCAUCCACUCCCCCAACCUCCAGGCCCAUCUUGGUCAGCUCUCACCGCCCCCUGAACACCACGGCUUUGACAGCCUGGACCAGCUGAGCCAAGCAGAACUUCUGGGGGAGAUGGACCGCAAUGAGUUUGACCAGUAUCUCAACACUCCCGGCCACUCAGACCACAGCGGGAUGAUAAUCAAUGGACACGUCCAGGUGUCUCAGGUUGCAGGUGGCUCGCCCUCUACAGAGACUAGCCUCAUCUCCGUCCUAGCAGAUGCCACUGCUACCUACUACAACAACUACAGCGUCUCCUAGGCCAGAAGGAGCAGGGCCUGUGGACUGGCCGAGGACAGACCCUACAGUAUUAUUGGCAUGGCUCCAUGUACACAACAGCUGGUGGACACCUCGCUCCUCACCUCAGGGUUGCCAAGUCAGAACUGAAACGGUUUUGGAGCCUCCUUUCUGUCCUAGGUAAUGGAUUUUGCUUCUCGGACAUCCACUGGCAUCAAUAUUAAGUAUCCUGCUUUAAAAGGUAUUUGAUAUCCUGCUUCAGAAAAGGUCUGUGGUCAAGUCCCUUUUCCAAGCCAGCUGGUCACUGGCUACAGUCCUCCUACCAAUUUAUUCUAUAAGCAUGACAAGUCUUUGGAUGGUGGGUCUGAUUUUUCAGUGGCACCGAGGCCCAGCUCCGUACAGGUAUUUAGGGUCCUAAUUUCCUGGAUCUGGGCCAGAGCUCCCUCAAUUCCAGCUGGAUCCCAUGGGGGCUGCAAAUUCUCAGCUCCUCUGAAAAAUCAGCCCCUGAGUCUUGUUCUGUGUAGCACUUGUGGUAGGGAUGGGGGGGGGAAGCAAAGAGGUGGCAAAUGUAACCCUCUGAUCAGUGUGUGUCGCCUUCUGGGCCUGCUGGCGUGACUCCAUUACUGUCCCUACCUACAGAACCUGGCUCUUCGAGCUGUAGUCACUAGUUCAGUAAUGCAGGUUUCCAAUUCCAGUCCCAGGAUUGGCUAAGAUGGUGGCUGUCACAACCAGCUAUUGCUGUACAGAGAGAAUACGAUCAGGGGAUCAUGAAUGUCCUGUUCUCACGUAAUUACCCUACGUGAAGAGCUUUAACCGAAGAGAGCUCUGAGGCUUUCAGUCAUAGCCGUGUGGGUUUUCGGUUGGCCUGGUCUUGCAUUCCCUAUGUACUCAACAGUUUGACGGAAGUGGCUGGGAGUUUUUGAGUGUGCACUAGCAUAAGGAAUGCAAUUCUGGUGAAGUCACUGGACUUGCAAUCCCUAGUGCCAGCAGUGUAUUUGGUCCUGUGUAUGGAAAGGCAUCUAAUCUAAUCUGUUGCACCCACAUAGCCCCGCUCUGUGCCCCUUUGGCUCCUGAAACUUUUUGUGGAUUUCAGUGGAACUCUGAGAGUGUAUGGAAGGAAAGAUCAGACCCAAGGAAGGAAAGAUCUGGCCCAGGGUGGAGCCCUGAUGUCAUUCCCACCCCCCACCCUGAACCACUUGAGUGGGAGAGGAGUUCACAUAACUGGAACUGUGGUGCGGUGACACAACAUGGUCUUGUGAUAAUGGACUGACUGCUAGCUGCUCCAGCGGCAAGGUUGCGGCUCAGCUUCUGUUUGAAGCUGAAUUUUGCGCACACUAUAAAAUUCAGCUUGACUUCUCUUUAAACAGAGUUUCCCUAGGCUUUGAUCCUGCUUUCACUGAGUUCAACGGGAGCAAGAUCGGUCCCUGCCUGAGUCACUACAAGUAAUUUCCCAUGUACGUAGCCAUGCUGGUGGCCUUCGUAACAGCUACUCCGAAGGCCAAGAACCUGAGUUAUAUCCCAUCAUGUCCCCUUUACCUGCAGCCACAGCUGGAAAGAAUUUAUUGUGAUGAGCACUUUGGAAAAGAGGUGAUACGUAGCAGACACAUUUGUAUCAAGCAUCAUUUGAAGGCAAAUACUUAAUGUUUAGAAAUGAAAUGCCCGUUCCUCUUUAUGUCAGUAUAUUAUUGCUUGUAAUAAAGCUGUACGUUGA